UGGCAGCGUAUCAAUGUGUAGUUUUUGUAAAUUACCUAUAAAUAAUAAUUGAUUUCAGCUAAUGAAUCAUGAUAAGAUGAGAUAGGUUUGCUGAAUAAUUGUCGGUGUAUGUUCUGAUUUAGUAUUUUAUUUAUUGUGCGUGAAUUCUAUCAAUCAAUAGAAAUAUAGCAAACCUGUGCAACUGUUCGUUUGUUGCAUAGUAAUCUGCUGUUAAGACGUUGAUAAUUAGUUAUAUACUAAUCUGAAUACUGAAUAGUGGUAAAUGAAGUGAAAAUAUUUGAAUCGCCCUAAGUUUUAUGUGCUCAUAUACUACGUGAUUAUAUGUGUAUUUGUUUUUAUAAGUAAAAUGGUGAAAUUACUUCCUCUGGAAUUUAUCGAUUGUUUGAUUGACAGUCCAAAUUUUCGUGAGAAUCUUAACAAACAUGAGAAAGAGCUUGAUAAAACGAGUCAACAAAUAAAACGAAUCAUCAAGGAAAUCAAAGAUUUGUUAGCAGCAGCUAAAAGCCUUUCUCGUGCGCAGCGAACAUUAUCCAGAAGUUUGAAAGAAUUUAAUUUUGAAUGUAUUGGCUCAACACAGACAGAUGAUGAACAAGUAAUAGCUGACAGUUUGAAACAAUUCAGUAAACUAAUUUCGGCAAUAGAAGAAGAACGAGACAAUAUGCUGGAUCGCGCUCACGAGCAGAUAUUAUUACCGUUGGAAGAAUUUCGAAAAUUACACAUUGGUGGUGUGAAGGAAAACAAAAAAAAAUAUGACAAAAAAACUGCUAAGUUCUGUCAGGCCCAAGAAAGGUUUCUCAACAUGUCUACAAAAAAAUCUUCUCCGGCAGUUGUCGAGGCCGAUGCUUCUUUGGGAAUGUUGGAAAGAGAAUAUUUACGCGAAUCUUUGAGCUACGUUUUAAGCAUCCAAGAAGUGCAAGAACGAAUAAAAUUUGAAUUUGUGGAAAUAAUACUAAGAUUCAUAUCAGAUUGGCUUGUCUUCUAUCACCUUGGACAUGAGGUUGCUGAAGAUGCCAAGGAAUAUUUAUCUGAUCUUCAACUAAAGGUUCAGAAAACUCGCGAAAAUUUUGAUGAAACUCGACAAAAAGCCCAGGAAUUGAAAAAUAAAUACAUGGACAGUAAAUUAAAACCCGACAGUGAAUACGCAAAGCAAGGUUAUCUGUAUCUAAUGGAAAAAAAAUUUACCGUCAUUACGUGGUCAAAAUUUUAUUGCACGUACAAAAAACAAACCAAGGAGUUUUCCAUGUUACAAUACAACCAAAUGUCCGGACGAGCACAACAAACCAUUCCCGAAACAUUAACGGUUGCUUCUUGCACAAAAAAGUUAUCAGAAUUUGAAAAACGUUAUUGUUUUGAUGUUACUUUUAAUGAAAAGAACACAAUUACAUAUACAUUCCAGGCACUCAGUGAAGAUGAUAUUAAAGCAUGGAUAGAUGCAAUGGAUGGCAAAGAAUCAAUCAAUUUAACAUUAUCAACGAAAUGUAGUGAAGAUAGCACGCUUGACGACGUAGGAUUUGCCUUUGUUAAAAAAUGCAUUGAUAUUCUUGAGCAACGAGGACUCGAGGAAGAGGGGUUAUAUCGUAUCGGUGGUGUUAGUACAAAAAUAAAUAAAUUGCUACAAGUAGGACUGGAUCGAAAGAAGAGUGAAAAAGAGCGUCUUAACUUUUCCCAAGAUGAACAAUUCGUGGGACAGGGUGAUAUUUUGGAAAGCAAAACAAUAGCAAGUGCUUUAAAACAGUAUCUCCGAAAUUUAGAUGAACCACUUAUGACAUAUCGUUUACACCAUGCCUUUAUAUCUGCUGCUAAACAAGAAACACGUCUGCAAAGAAUCAAUGAAGUACAUCAACUGGUAUACAAAUUACCAAAAAAUCGUUUGGAUAUGCUGGAUAUGGUCAUUCAACACUUAAAAGCGGUGUCAAUGAAUAGUGAUCGAAAUAAGAUGUCAGUUUUUAAUUUAGGAGUUGUAUUCGGCCCUACAUUGUUACGAGCUGCGGAAGAAACUGUGGCAGCAAUACUUGAUAUAAAAUUCAAUAACGUGGUCAUCGAGAUCUUGAUUGAAAAUUAUGAUAAAAUUUUCAAAAACACCCCUUUGUUGUUCACAGAAAAUGCAGUUGAUGUUCAUACAUCCCAAUCUACUAAAAGUCCUUUAUUUCACCGUCCGGACAGCAGUAGUAGUGGAAAUACUGGAACAAGUGGGAGUACUGGAGCUACCGCAGGAAAUAUAAGUUUCUGUAAAGAUCGUAUUAUUUCUACUGCGCAUGCUAUCUACACCCAAACACAACCUGUGGUUCGUGUAGUUGCUAAAUCAAACUACACUGAACCGAUUAUGUCUUCAAAUGUGCAUCAUAUGUCCAACAGCAUACCGCCACUAUACAGUAAAGGUACUAAUCAUUAUCCGACCUAUGAAGCUAAACCGACUAUUAUUGCUUCAAUCAUCAACGAAUCUACUCCAUCUACUCUACUUGUGAGGGAUCACAACUUGUCACAUAACUUGAAAUCUAACACAGAAAAUACUCCAAAUCACAAGAAUGCACAACCUAGUUCAAUAGACAUUCCUAUCGGAUACCAAAGGGCUGUAAUAGGUGCAUGUUACUCUCCACAUCAACAACCAAUCACAUCAUUCUCAAUAAACUGUUCAGUGUCUGGAAUCAAUAAUAUUUCAAGUUGUGACUCUGCUAUUCCUCAUGGAAUUUGUGACCGUGUAACUGCAUCUACAAAUAGUAAUGCCGAUCUUACAAAUUCACGCGUAGAAUUGUCAACGUAUGAGAAAAUAAAUUCAACAAGCAGUUCGGCAGAAUCAGUUUGUUCGUUAUCAGGUGGUGCCGUUGGUGCCAAUGUAUUAACUUUACGAAACAAAAAGAGUGCCAAAUCUACAUCAAAAUACGACAGUAGUGGAGCAAUCAUCAAUAAUUGUUCAACUAUUACUUCUUUGAAAUCUUUUGUUGACGUUCAAGACUCUGAACUUUUAGCUAGUCCUAGUUACUGUAGGCCAAAGAAAACGCAGCGUGUUAAAGACUAUGGCCGAAAUCGUCAGUUACCUAACGUUCAACAACAGUUGUCAUUAGUUCAACAUCAAUAUGUACAACAAAAACAUGGAAAACCACCGUUAACGGGUCGAGCAGAUAUAAGAGUACGUACUUUAUACGCUUGUUUAGCAGAAAACGACGGGGAGUUAUCGUUUGAACCGAAUCAAAUUAUUACGAAUGUUCGCCGAUCUAACGAACCAGGAUGGUUAGAAGGAAUAUUGAAUGGAAAAUCUGGUUUGAUACCAGAAAAUUAUGUGGAAAUUUUAAAAUAAUGAAUUUAUCUCCACACUGGUUUAGUUAAAAAUACAAAACAAUAAUGUGCACGCAUCACUAAAUUCCAUAAGAUAUUCUUUUGAUCUUUUACAAAUUGAUAAACACGUUCCAGACCUUGAUAAAACUUCAUGUUGCAAGAACUUGUUUUUUGCUACAAAUUGUUUCAUGUUUAUUUUGUUGUAGGAAUGUUCACGGAAGCAUUUGACCACCAAAACAGGUACAAAAUUAUCCCUUGUUAAUUUGAAGUCAUUUUUUAAGAUCAAAUGCAUAAAAAGUUUUUGAAAAGAAUAAAAAAAUGGAAAUGUAGUCAUUGAACAAACAUUGCAGCAACAUUCCCAUAUGCCCCCUUAGUUUUUUUUAAAUUAUAACUAAUUCUGAAAAAGGUUUUAUUUUGGGCGAAAAAUUUGAAGUCGUUUUAAGUUUUGCCCUGUCGAGUAAUGUCAUUAUUUUGAAUAAUUAUGCGUCAUUGCAGCAUACAAAACGAUGAAACGAUAACAUAAAUCAUAGCAAAUUCAAACUUUAACAUUCGUCCUAUGCUCUAAUAAAUGUUGUUUAACAUAAACGUUGCUUCCGUAUUUACGACUGUACAUUCCAAGCCAAAUACAAAUUAAAGUAUUUUAGUAAGGCUAAUAAGGUGAAUAUAAGGUAUAAUUAUAGAUCAAACCUAGUCGGAAAAAGACAUAAAAUAAAAAUGACAAAAAAUAAAAAGACAUAAACAUAAAUUAAAAUUCUA